AUGAGGAAAACGAACAAAGCAUCUACAUACCUUUAUUUAAGCUUUAGAAGUGCCACUUAUUCAUUUAAGCUGCGGAAACCGACAAGUCUUGGGUGCUUCCUUUGUACUCAGUUGUUAUCAGUAACGAAACACCGGAUGGGUAUGAGCCAAAGCCAGCUAAAGCUAGCGCUGUAUGACAAAUGCUACCAUUUACCUCUUCAGUUUAGAGAGCACUGUUUUCGAUUUGUCGAUUCAUCGUUGCCAGAAAUUUAUUAUACAGUAAACUAUGACAUAACAACAAAGCAUGUCUGUGUUUCGCUUGGUCUUUGCGAAGAAAAUGUUGUCAGUGGGAUUUCUACUGAGAGCAACAAGACUGAAGUCAGUGUGAGCUCCGUACCUGUCACCAAUAGCGUAAACCGAGUGACUGGUGAAUCGAAUGAAAAUGGUGAAAUUCUGUCGACAAUUUCACGGCGUCCAAUACCUGUGGAAAUUGUCAGUCAGAUACCAGAGCCAUACGAUAAAAUUGGGCCCAAACAAGGAAAGAUGAAUUCUAAAUUAAUAUGUAUAUUUUGUGAAAGGAUGUUGAGCAACGCAAAAAUUUAUUCGCUGUCAGCAAAGGCAGAUAUAACUUCCUUUGCAAACACAGUAUGUUCAAAACUACCUACUGGAAAUAUAGCAGAAGGAUGUUUCAAAUUAGCAGAAAGAAAGAUUUCAGAGCUUUCUGAAUUUGUAGAUUUACAGGUCGCAGAAGCUCUGUGGUGCGCUGAACUAAAUUCCUGUUAA